AUCAAGUGGGAAAAUGGGCACUUGGAGGCAUCUCCGCUCUCAUUAGAGUGUCUUUUCGAGUUAGGAGAAAAGGUGGGUGAUGAUGGGGCGUCCCAGCACGCCCACGCGCCGCCCAGCGGCCUGACAUCAGCCAUGGGAUUGGCAGGAUGGUUGGUGCUGGCAGCAGCACUUCUUCUGGGCUCAUUCGGCAUCAAAGCAUGCCUAGCUUUAAUGCUUUCAGCUAUCAUAUUUUGUGGGGGAUGGCUGGUAGCAGUGCGAUGGUGCUGCUUAAUAGAGAGUGAGCAGAUGUGGCUUAACAUCCAUAGAUCACACCUCCCCUUACCCCCUUAUCAACAUGAAAAGGUGAGCAGCAGCAUCCAGCAGAGUAGCACCAUUGAAAGACAAGAUCGUCGUGUAACUGGCUCAAAUCUCAUUGAUGAACAGUUGCAUGGAGUGGUGACAUUAGUUGUACGAGACUUUGUUUUUACAUGGUACAAUCAACUCACUCAUCACCAGGCUUUUAUUACUCACCUCCACCGAACGGUCCAACAUGCUAUGGUGGUCUUCUCUAACAGAUGCAAGAACAUGGAUUGGGUUGGUUAUUUAACAACGCGUCUGGUAGAUGAUAUUGCUUGUCAUCUUCGACUGUUUCGAGAAGCUAGGUCAGCAAGUCGAGGGAAAGCAACCAGUGAAGAGUUAAUAGAUCAUUUCUUUGAUCAGGAGGCUGAGAAAGAGAAGGAUAUUUGCCGUGAUGAAGUGUGCUUGAAGCCAGACACAGAGAAAGACUAUCUAAGCGAUCUAGCGGAAAUUAUUUUGUAUUACAUCUUACCACCUGAGGAUUUCUCAAAUGCUCCGUUGUUGGCAGCGGUGGUGGAAAUAUUGGUUUCCUCUGUCAUACUCCCUGUUGUGACUCUUGUCUCUGACCCAGACUACAUUAAUCAGCUCAUCAUAUGGGCUUGCACUGAUAUUCCAAUUACAAGUGAGUUGUUUGUGAAUGUCAUAAAAUCAACAAAUAACAUUGAAGAAUUAGAUGCAGUGAGAAUGCUUGUCACAAAAGAAAUGGCAAAUUUGAGAUCAAGAGACUCGGGUGGGCGUGAUGAAGGUAACGAAGUCAAGCAGCAACUAAGCAGUCUGGAUUUCAUUCGCCGUGUCAUAGAUAACCGCAUUAACAGAAUAGAUAAAGGCACAGAAACUGAUUCUAUGGGUUUACCAGUGAGCCUAGACUACAGGCAACUGGCUCGAGGAAAACUAUUCCAGCUACCCCUGGAAGCCAUCCUGAAAAAUAGUCUCACAUUGGAUCACUUUCUAAACUACAUGGCUUCAGUUAACUCUCAGCAUUACAUUAAUCUUUAUCUCAAUGUAGAGUGUUGGCGAGCAGCAGUUGGUGAGAGGCUUUGCUCACUGGAGUUGGAGAGGCUACAACAUCUGGAAGAAUCUGAAGCACAGGGUUCAGGAAUGACAAUGCCAGAUCUCUGUCAUGAUCAUUUUUCUGCUCAUGACUUGUCAUCUCACAAAGAAGAGGCUGAAAUUAUUUAUGAACAAUAUUUGUCUGAAAAGGCUAGUCCAAGAGUACAAAUGGAUGAUAGCAUUGUCAAGAGAUUGAUCCUGAGAAUGCGUUCUGAAAAGGUAUCAGAAUCUUGGUUUGAUGAGGUUCAAGCAACUCUGUUCACGAUCCUACAGGAUACAGAAUUAUUUCUACCAGCAUUUAGGAGAUCAGUGUGGUACAUUCGCCUAUUAGCAGAAUUAGACUUACUAAAGGAUGUGUCAAGGUCAGAUGAAGAAGACUCGCAGUCUUUAGAUGACAUUAGUUACACCUCAUUGGAUCAGGUUGAUGAAGUUGAUGGGCCAAAUCAAGGAGUAAUAAUAGCUACUGUGUCAGGAGAUGCCUCUUCAGCCUCAUCUAGUCAUUCUACACAUUCCAAUGAUAAUCAUCUGAAGAGUGUAUCAAGAGGAUCAUCCCGGGCCCAGUCACCUCAACCAGGGGGAUCACUUCACCCUUCUCCCUGCCAUACACGUUCUCCAAGCCUUACAGCCAAAACAUAUAAUCUUAAUGCUAAAAUUAUUGAUACUGAGAUUGUCCGAGAAGGUAGCAAGUCACAUGCCAUUUACAUUGUAUGUGUAAUGAGAAAAGAUGCAUCUGGACAAGAAGAACUUUGGCAUGUUUUUAGACGAUAUUCCGAGUUUCAUGACUUCCACUUGUCAAUUACUUCCAAAUUCAUCGACUUAUCAUCGGUUUCUUUCCCAAGCAAAAGAAUGCUGAAUAACUUGGCUGCUUGGUUCUUAGAGAAGAGAAAGUCAGAAUUAGAUGAGUGGCUUCAGACCAUCCUGGCUCCACCCACUCUUCAGUCCCAUCCUGGUCUGCAGGAGAUCAUUCAGCGCUUUCUGGACCAGACUACAUACUCAACCUCUCCCCUUCCAAACAUUGCAAAAAGGGUAGAGGACAAUUUCAAGUUAGGUGUACGUAGUGUGAGUGAGGCAGUGAGGUCCAUGCCUGACACAAUAUUCAAUACUGUGGAUGGCAUGGUGGAUGGCAUCUAUCGGCGCAUUGUAGGGCCACCUCAUCGUAGACUAAACACUAGUGCUGAUUAUACUCAUAGAGGGUCACUUGAUCUAGAGGGAGAUGAAAAUAUACCUCUGCGCAUCUUGUUAUUGCUAAUGGAUGAAGUAUUUGAUCUUAGAAGUAAGGACCAGUGGUUCAGACGUCGGAUUAUGCUGUUUUUAAGACAGAUUUUAAAAGCCAUGUUUGGAGAUAUUGUCAACAGAAGGAUUGUUGACUAUGUUGCUUAUAUCACAUCUCCUGACCAAGUUGCUGAUUACGUAAAGACUUUCAAGGAGUCAUUUUGGCCAAAUGGUGACCUUGCACCACAGGCCCCAGAGAGAGACACUGCAAUGAAAAUGAGGACCAGAGUUGCUGCCAGAACGUCAAUGCUAGCCAGUAUAUCAGAUGAACUGAAGGCAAUUUUAGGAAGUCAGACAACUACACGUGGUGUCCUUGGUGUAUAUGAUACUGUCCAGUGGACUGCACUCAACAAAAGGCUUGUUUAUGUGCUCCUGGAAGGAAUUAUUGAAUCAAUUUUAUCCAGUCAGAAGCAGAUACCUCCUUUGCUAAGGUCAUUACACACAGGUUCUGCACGUAUUGCUGCCAGAAAUGCCCCCCAUGCAAGAAAAGUGAGAACUGACCGGUGAUAAGGGUUUUCUCAUAACAGUAUAAUAUAAACAGUGGAAACUAUUUAGUUAUAAUGAUGAAAAUAUUAUGAGGAACAUUGAAGGAAAUUACUCAAAAAUGUAUAAGCACUGAAAUAUGAUUAAUGGUUUGUUUUCCCAAUGCUUUGUUUGAUACCAGAUUUCUUCUCGCAUUUAUUAUUUCAUAUAUAUUGUGAUAAUAAUGAUUGUAAGUACUUUUUUGUU